AUGGAGAUACCGAGCUAUGACAAUCUCUACCGGAGCGCGAUACGAUGGACCACUCGUCAGCCAACGUUGAGCAAGACGGACCAGUUUGUUAUUUUCACGAAAGCGAGUUUUUCCUCCCCGUGGGAUGACGGCGAUAUAAAUAACGAUCAAUACGACGAUGACCCCAACGACAUCUUCGACGAUGAGCGGUUGUUUGAACAUAACCCACGAGAAUAUUGGUUCAAGAGAAGGUGUCGGGAUGCACAUGGAGGACUCAAGUCUACUCCUUCACAGGGUCCUAUCCAUUGGUUUCGCUACAGAGGACACGACGUUGGAUUCCAACGACGCGUAUCCAAGGAAUCUAGUGGUCCAUGGUUCGCUGCGCCGGAGACACUGACUUUCUACACUUACGAUGAUCGAGGCGUCCUCGAUGACAUCAUGCAUGAUAUCCGGGAAACCCCCGUCAAGAAGAACCCUCGCGAUAUCACUGUCUACACCGGUCUGAGCCAGCCUCUGUCAUGGGUGCCGAUGGCGACGAAAUCGCCACGAUUCCUAUCCUCAGUGGCUCUGGAUCAGGAGGUAAAAAUGGACAUAGUGAAAGAUGUGACGGAAUUCUUUGACCCCCGAACUGAGCCAUUUUACAAGGAACGUGGAAUUCCCUAUCGACGAGGCAUUGCCCUAUACGGUCCGCCAGGUACAGGGAAGUCAAGCCUGUGUCAUGCCAUCGCCAGCAUGUUGUGUAUGGAUAUAUACACCUUCUCUCUGGGCUCCUCUGGACUUAACGACAACACCCUCUCCGAUCUAUUCCAAAAAUGUCCGGAGCGUUCCAUUGUUCUCUUGGAGGAUAUCGAUGCGGCCGGUGUACCGAAACGCGGUGGUGAUAUCUCUUCUGAGCCAAGCCAGGAGGCGACCGGAGGGGUUGAGAAUGCUGAGACACACAAUACCGGAUCAGAACAAGGAAAUAUCUCUCUCUCCGGCCUAUUGAACGUGAUUGAUGGCGUGGCUGCGAAAGAAGGUCGCCUUCUUUUCAUAACUACCAAUCACAUUGACCGUCUGGACCCUGCCCUUUUGCGUGCAGGGAGGGUUGACAUGAAGGCCUUUAUCGGCUAUGCGAAUGACCUUAUGGCUCGAGAGCUUUUUUACAAGCCUUAUUUGGUCCCUAAGGAUACACAGUUCAUGGCGGUCCGGCAAGAAAAUGGCACCAUCCAACCAUUAUCUGAACCAGUCUCUGAUGAAUGGGAACCGAACGACCUUGAUCGUCUAGCGAAUCAAUUCGCCAGCAAUAUUCCUCCGGGGUGGUUCUCGCCCGCCUCUUUGGAAGGAUACCUGCUGCGGCACAAAAACGAUCCUGUUUCCGCAGCCUGCAGUGUUAAGGAAUGGGUAGAUCAGAAAAUCAGCUCCUUCAAAAUCGGUCACGGACAGGAGUUGUCAAGUCUUCGUGUUUCUGGAUCACCCUGUCAAUUUAGGCUUCACGGCGAAUCGUUGUCCAUUAGCGUGAGCGCUGUUAUAUUUGAUGCAGCAAACGGAUCUGGUGAGCUUCGUGUUGUACUUCUGCAACGUGCGUCCCAUUGGGAACUACCAGGUGGUACAGUUGGGUCAACAGACAGUACAAUCUACGCUGCUCUGAAGCGCAAGAUCUUGGAGAAAUCUGGGUUAGAGCUUUCACGAAUCAACAAUGAACUCGAAAUCCGGGCUCAGACGCGAAACAAGGAAGAAAUAUGUGUUGCUUUUCUAUGUAUCUUUUAUGUAUCUCAGAUAGAAGCCCCGAGAUUCCCGGAUGAGCUACCAUUGGGAAGGAAAUGCGAUGAAUCGGUACGGAUCAAUGCGGAGAAACACCAGGGUUUUACGUGGGCAACGGAAGAUGAGGUGCGGAAUGAUGUAUAUCCGGUGCUCGGAGAUCAGAAGGCGACUAUUCUGGAAGCGUUUGCUGCCACUCCUAGGAGUUCUUUGUGGCAGUUAUGA